UUUGAAAAGAAAAUGAUUAAAAAUUGUAGAAUCUGGCAACAUGCUUAGUGUCUAUAACUUUAUUUACUUUUAAUUUUUAAUGGCAACAUAGUAUCUCGCGCAGCGGAGUAGUUAUACUAAAACAAGAAUAAGAUGGGGCGUUAUUCUAUGGAACCAGACAAUGCCACGAAGUCAUGCAAGGCUCGUGGCUCAAACCUCAGAGUUCACUUUAAAAACACAAGAGAAACAGCCCAGGCCAUCAAAAAGAUGCCUCUUCGUCGUGCUCAGCGCUAUUUAAAAAAUGUUAUUUCUAAGAAAGAAAUAGUUCCAUUUCGCAGAUUUAAUGGCACAGUUGGUAGGAAAGCUCAGGUGAAGGCCUGGUCUGGUGUAACUCAAGGUAGAUGGCCUAAAAAGAGUGCUGAAUUCUUGUUGCAACUUCUCAGAAAUGCUGAAAGCAAUGCUGACUACAAAGGCUUAGAUGUAGAUAGGCUUGUUAUUGAACACAUUCAAGUGAACAGAGCCCCUAAGAUGAGGAGGAGGACUUAUCGUGCUCAUGGUCGAAUCAAUCCUUACAUGAGCAGCCCUUCCCACAUUGAAGUUAUAUUGACUGAGAAAGAGCAGGUAGUUGCAAAGCCCUCAGCUGAAGAAGAUGCACCCAAAAAGAAGUUAUCUAAAAAGAAAAUGGCAAGGCAAAAGUUGAUGCAACGAGAGUAGAUACGAAAAUAGAUU